CAACAAGAGAGUGAGACAGAGUGAAGAAGGCAGAAGAAUAAAGAUCAAAAUCUGAAAUGGGGAAUGGAAUGAGUGAGGUCUUGAAAGGAAUCUAUGUUGGCAACUUCAGAGAUUCAAAAGAUGAGACACAGCUGAACAAUAAUAACAUCACACACAUCCUAUCAAUACAUGACAAUGCCAAGCCUUUAAGACCAGAUAAAGAGUACCUCUGUUUUUCUGCAGAUGAUGCACCGGGACAAAAUUUAAUACAAUUUUUUGGAGAGAGUAAUAACUUUAUCCAUAAAUGCAGACUAGAAGGCGGCAAUGUUCUUAUACAUUGCCUCGCUGGUGUAUCUCGAAGUGUCACCCUUACUGUGGCGUAUAUGAUGACCGUUACUGAUUAUAAAUGGGAGGACUGUCUGCGGGCGGUGAAGACAUGCAGAACAGUGGCACAUCCUAACUUUGGUUUCCAGAGACAACUACAAGAAUAUGAAUAUUCAAAGUUAACAGAAUUCAAGCAGGACAUCAGGCUUCGGUUCCCUGAAUAUUCAGCGGAUGAAGACAUCAAGAAGAUGCAGGCCCUUCUGGAGAAAUACCACCAAGAAAGUAAGGAUGCCAACCAGGGCCGAGACCCUCAUGAGGGUUUCAUCUACCCCCUCCCAAGAAACGCCUACAAUAUUAGACUCAAGAAGGAGAAGGAGGCGAGGGAAAGAGCAGCAGAGUCUCAGGGAUCAGCAACGGGAAUGACUGAAUCAACGACAGCAUCAGCAACCUUGGAGGAAUCAUCGAAGAACAUGGAAAUGGCCUUUGCAGAUCAACAAGAUUGAUACGUAGUAUACUUUAGAUGUUUUGUAAUCAUAUACAUAUAUAUAUAUAUAGAGAGAGA